UUAGGCCAGGCAAACACAAAGCCAGCCAGUGGCGAGCUCACGUGCAGCGUGCACUUUGUCAACCCCAGGUACAGUCCGGGAAGCUCAUCCGAAGAUGAAUUAGGCUCGGUCACAAGGCUGGUUUCAAAGGCUGAAGACUUGGAGAUCGAACGUGUUUUCAAACGUCAAGCGGCAGAUAUAGGAAAAAGUCGUUCCUUAUUUGAGUUUGGGCACAAUUUCGAAGAUGUGCGCGACUGGCUGACCAUCGAGCAGCCAUCAAAAGUGUGCUUGAAAACCGUAUUGCGCUAUAUGGUGGAGAAUCAUUUGAAGACAACCGUCAAAAUUGAAAUCAAUAAAAUGUAUUUCAAUUGCCAUUUGCUUGUGCUGCAGGCCUACUCCAAGUACUUCAUGGAACUCAAUCCCAUUCCGUUCGUUGUGACGCUCCCAGAGACGAAGGUGUCACAAAAGGCAUUUAUGCUCGUCUACAAAUGGAUGCUCAGCGAUGAGCCGAUCCUGGAGCGCAAAGACAUUGUCACCGUAUUUGUGGCAGCCACUUAUUUGAGAGUGAAGGAGUUGCUGUUGCAUUGCUGGAAGUAUUUCGACGAUAAGAACUGCUUUAAUGAGGCCUCCGCGUGUGUCAUGUACGUCGAAUCAAAGAACAAUGUGGCCUUAGAUGUUGUGCGUAAUCUGAUGUUGACGCGCAUUCAAAAGUUUCUCCUCACUUUUGUGGCAACCAGCGAUUUCUUAGAUUUGCCGCUAAAGCAUCUUGUCUACCUUCUCUCCUCAGAUGAGAUCUGCGUAAAUAGUGAAAUUGAGAUACUUUUCAUUGCCGUACGCUGGCUGGGACACGACUGGGGGAGGAGAAAAGCGAAUGUGCAGAGUCUGAUUGAUUGUAUUCGCUUCAGUUCCAUGCCUCUUUGGUAUUUGCUGUGCGUGCGGCGGGUGGAGACGCACAGUCUUCUCAAAGAGCUGCUCAGUUUACCCACCGUCGAUGCGCUCAUCAAUCAGUCCAUUUCGCAGAUUACUUCCAAAAUGUACGAAGAAAAACAGGAGGGAUUUAUUUUAGAUUACGAUUGCAUCUCAAAGAAUUUACAACAGUCGCGCCGUUGGAUCGUGGAUGAUGCGUGUCCUUAUUAUCAUCACAUUUGCUGUCCGCAUACGCGCGACAUCAGUUUUAUACAGUUCGAAUCUUAUUUAGCCGCGUUGCAGCAGCAGUCAAUUGAUUAUUGGACCAAAGUGGAGAUGUUGGAUGUAAAGAAUCCGAGAAAGUGUAGCUGCAUGCAAUAACGGUAGAUUCAAAUUCCACAAGCCAUUAGAAAAUCAAAUUUGGCAUUCCCACUUAUACGUUUUAAUGUUCAAAAAAGAAAAU